UUUUCCAUCAACAUCUGCUAUUGCAAAGAAUGAAGCAAUCGAAGGAUCCAUUUGAAGCAGCAUUGGAGGAGCAAGAGGAAUCGCCACCUGAUUCCCCAGUUGGUGAGGAUGAGUUGAACAGCCAAGCUCCAAAUGAAACCCAGAAUCAAACCGACGGUGGACAGAAUAUUCUUGUAGAUGAUGAUGAUUAUGAUGACAUCGGUUCCAACAGCAAAAAUCCCUCUCAUCCAUCAUCGAGUUUAACUCCUAAGUUGCACUCCACAAGUAUUAAUGCUAAUGUCGCUGCUGCAGUCACCAACAAGAACAAAGAAUAUGAUGAUGACGAAGAAGAGGAAAAUGUGGAGGUUGAGCUUAGUAAGUUCCCUUCUAGUGCUGACCCUGCUAAAAUGGCCAAGAUGCAAACUAUUUUAUCACAAUUCACAGAGGAUCAGAUGAGUAGAUAUGAAUCAUUUAGGAGAUCUGCACUUCAAAAGUCUAACAUGAGAAGGUUGUUGGUAAGCAUAACUGGCAGCCAGAAAAUUUCUUUACCAAUGACCAUUGUCGUGUGUGGGAUAGCAAAAAUGUUUGUUGGUGAACUUGUUGAGAAAGCUAGAAUGGUCAUGACAGAAAGAAAAGAAUCUGGCCCAAUCAGGCCUUGCCACAUCCGAGAAGCUUAUAGAAGAUUGAAGUUUGAGGGCAAAGUGCCUAAGAGAUCAGUGCAAAGGCUGUUUCGCUAAGAGGAUCAACAAACAAGCUUGUUCAUCAUUUAUCAGGUGUUUUUUACUAUCAACAUGGUUUGCGUAUCUGACAACACCUGGUAAACUAAUUACUUUCCAACGUUUUGUUACCAUCCAUCGUGCUUCCUUUUCAAUGUUGUGGUAGUUAGAUGCCUGUAGGCCAUGAAUCCGUUGGCGGGUGUUAUGCUGAGGGUCUUUGCUCAGCUACAAGAUCUUGAAUACAACAGAGAAACUUUGAGAAAAGUGAUGGCUCUUCUAUCUGAUUUCAUUCAGCAAGUUUCGACAAUCGAAACUUAUCGAUAUUACCGUUGCUUAUAGUUUUGAUUCAAUGCAUUGCAUGAUGAUGUUUUCAGGAGGCUCUCCAUACUUGGGAUGAAUCAUCCGUUAACAUGUAUUGAUGGAAGAAGCCUAUCAUUCCCUAACACGAGCCGUUGGAUAUUAACAUGCUAGUUUUAAUAUUAUAGGAGAUUGAAUUUCG